AUGAUCUUAUAUUGGGAUAACCAAACUAUUGAAAAGAAGAAAGUUUAUUUUGUUAUGCAGAAGAAGCUAAAAGAAUUGAAAAGGAGAUCAUUAAACAAAUGUAUGAAAGAGAGUUUUAUUUUCAGGAAAAUAAUGAACUAG